AUGGAUCAUGAUUACAAAAACCCGGUCUUGCUUGACUCAAGGUUCAUGCUUCGGUAAUUAUUAUAAGAACAUGUAAAAAUCAGAGUAAUCAUUUGUAAUAAUGAAAUGCAACAUUAACUCAAAUAUACAACACGCGUUCAUCUUUAAAAUAAAUUUAUUAUAACAUAUACAUAUACAUAUACAUAUACAUAUACAUAUACAUAUACAUAUACAUAUACAUAUACAUAUACUACACCCGUUCAUGUAUGAAAAUUAAACUAAGAUUAUAUAUCGAACUAAAACAUUUAUAAUAAGCCAGACUAAUCCUUACGUACGAUAAUGUUAUCCGCAGUUUACAAGGAAAUAUAGAAAACGCUAUACGAAAACGGAUUUGUGCGGACAAAGACCCGGUAUAAAAACGGAACCUAAAAUUAUCACGUUUUGAGAUUGGCUUUGUAAGAUAAAAGUGACUAAUGUUUGUGACUCGUUCUUUAGAAAAUUCUUUUCAGCUGGCAAAAAUUGUUGCCAAUUUAUGUACAAUACACUGUAAAUUUCAAGGAGUCUGUAUAAUUAACUCCAAAAUGUUAUUCUGUAGUCGUUUUAGACCUUUUUGGUUACAAAAUAAAACAUUUUGAGUUGAUUGAACUCCUUGAAAUUUACAGUGUACACAGCUAAAUUCACUUAUAUUGCCCUGGAAACGGUAAAAGGCAAUUAAGACUAAAACAGAGCGGGCAAAGCCAAGCGAAUAAUCCUUAAAUUUUUAGCGCUGGUCCUAACUGGCAGCUGUUUCAUAAUGUAUUUCAAGUAAUUAACGAGCCCGUUCCCUCUAUAUAGUGGCGGAUUUGUGUCAACAUCUGCGACUUGCGCUGGUCCAUUUUCAACCUCAUGCAUAUGUGCCCAAUCUGCAUGGACAGUUGGCCGUGUUCGCUGGUUUGCCAGGUUCGAUGGUUCCCCUUGCUAUUAUGAGUCAUGACUCUCCUUGAUAGUCCAGGCAGAAAAUCCUAGUGAUUCUUUAUCGAUUCUUCUUUGCUUUCCCAGGCAAACUUUCGCACGUUGUACUGUUUUACCCUAUAAGUUUCUUCGUCCAUCUAGCUCACUUUUGUCGGAUGACAUGUACUCCAUCGUCGGAGGCCAUCUGCCACCUUUGACACUCUUUCCUGGCUCCAGUUAACUUUAUUAAGAUGUUUGAAUGUUCUUGCCAGUUUCUAAAAAUGAACACAGUUAAUAUUAGCAACAUUAUAUUGUAUGGUAACAGCUAAUUGAAAAAAGGUUAUCCUUCGAAAACCUUUGAAACUCUAAGCACGCAAAGAGUUGGGUUUAGGGCUUUUGAUUUGGCAAAUAAUCCUAGUACGCUGCUAUAGUUGUACAUUAUACUGCUUAUGAUCUAUCUAUCUUGUCAUAGUUACAAUACAAAAUCCGCAAGUUUUAGGCCUAAGGCUAAGCAAGAUAGGCCGGUAAGCAAGAUCUCGCUCACACUGUGUAGUUAUUUUUAUAGUAAAAAUUGCUGCGCAUUUAUAUAGACAAGCGGGCUGCCAGAUUGCCGAGAUCUUGCUCGAAAGAGGCGAGAUCUCGCUUACUGGGAUGGAAAUGUCUGCAUAUAAACACUCACGAGCGGGCUAUAGGCCGUUUUCCAGGAUGAAAGUUCAAAUAUACCGCCGCAAGCUAUUUUUAACUUACUGUCAAAACAAUAAAAUAUAUCAAACAGAAUAACAAAAUUGUCCCGGCAAGCGGGAUGAAUUUUUCUCAUAUAAACACAAGAGAAAUUCAUCCCGCAUCUCGUACUGUCUGCAGGACAGUCUGGCUUCUAUAUAUGCAUGAACAGGCUACGAAGGCAUUACCGUAUUGAGACACUCGAAUGUAUGAAAUUAAUACUGGCAAUUUUAAGAAGCAGGUAAUAAUCAGUUGCAUGCAUAUAAUAUAAUAUAAUUUAAAGACUAAUUCGGUGAAUCCAUUGUGCUGUAUAUUUAGCUAAACUGAAAAUACUGGACUGACUGGACUAUACAGUGAUAUAUGUAUAUGUCAUUGAUUUUGAAAAUGAUUUCAAAUUUGGAGCCAAUAUUUCAAAUAAAGUGUAUUUUUAUAAAUAACGGUCAAAUGGACAAAGUUUUUUUUAUAUCCAUAUACUGUACGAAGCAAUGAUGCAUUGUCUGACAAUUGUAAACGGAAAUAUACACUGUAUAAAUAAACGUUUCACAUGUACUUACAUUGCAAGCCUUGCCCUUGGGCACUCUCUGUAUAUUUUUCCCGUUUGUCUGAGUGUCUGACUCGUCUCUCAGAAUAAGAUCGAGUAAUGAUAUCCAUCUUCUCGUUGAAAUUCUUCAGCGCAUUCUCACUCCCUGUACUUGUAUUGGCUAUUAUUUUGUUCUCUAAGGAGCUUGUUUUCCUCUACGAUAUUUUGCAACAACAAAACAUACUGGUCCAGUCAUAUCGAAAUUACAGCUAGCAAGUAUCGAACUGUGACUGUGACAGCUAUAAAGGCCAGACGUUUAUUGUAAAAGCAACGGGAAUUGGACUUCGAACUAUUGUUCACAGUAGGAAUCUUUCGUAGUAUCAGAUUUCGUCUGUACACUAGGGAGGUCACCCACGCACAAAUCAAAUCCGCCUUCAUCCAAAAGGCAACGAGCAAAGUAAAAAUUUGGCUUGUUAACAUAUAAUUGAGUAAUUCGAAAAUUGAUUCCAUCCAUAGUUCUUCUAUAAUCGUGAACGGCUUAUGUUUACACCGUCAGAUCGAGGUUUUAUUACACAGCCUACAGGGGAUCAGUAACCCGACCGGGAAAAGUUUAAAAUAGCGCGAGCGGGAAUAUAGCAUUCAAAUUAUACCUACAUAGAACCUCGCAGCGACAGUUUAAUACAACAACCUUCAAUUCUGUAAAGCUUUUGGUGGUAUACCUUGCGCAAAGCCGGUUGAAAUGGCGCAUUUUAACCAGCAUUCCCACACAGCGAGUGGCGCACUUGCUACCAGUGGAAUGCGCAACCUUCUGGAAGCUAUAAUCCCAGUACCUCCAUAAGCUGAACAGAAUUGUCAAUUGUCUACCUACAAAAUAGCGACGUCUCAAUACCAAAUUACACCGAGGAACGACGUCUUAAACGCAACAGACGUAAUGAAAGUUUGUGCCGAGAAAGAGUUUGGAAAUGCCAAACAAAGGCGUCUCACGAAUAAAAUAAAGAGUCAGAUUGAGAACGAGACCAAGGCCGUAUAUCUCAGCUACGAUCGAGGGCAGUGUAUUAUGACCUAUUAUUUUAUUGGAGAAAGUGGAAAUACGAAGGAUCCUUGUGUAGAACGACUAGCUGUGUGUAAGUACAUGUAGAAAUUGUAUGUAGUUCAUAUACAAAAUAAAGAAAUUGUCUAUCUGAAGCUGGAUAGCUAAAAAAUGAUAUAGUCAGUUUCUGUUUUAGGUAUUUUGCCUUUGGCGAUAAAAUUAUAUUUGUAUAUUUAUAUAUGUCAAUAGAAUAAACUGUCCAAGCGAAUUGCGCUGUCUAUAUAAGCGCCUAAAUUCAUGUUUAUACUGUAAUAUUCAGCAUAGCUCUAAUUCUGUUAAAUUAUCGACAGUGUGUGUCAGGUUUUGUCUUCAUUUAAGAUAAAACUAAACGUGAUUAAAUGUUAUUUCUGCCUUUAGUCAACAUUUAAUCUGCGCAUUAAAGGUAAUUAAAGUAUGUGCGGUUUAAUGUUGGUUUUAACUCGCUUUAAUAUCCUCACUAAAUGCAAUUAAGUGUAUCAGUUUCCAAAAGAGGUGUUUUAUUCAGAGUAAAUGCGAUUAAAUGUAACUUUUUAUUUAACCACCUUUAGUCAGCUUAUUAAAGGUGUAAACACACAUUUAAUAUCUUUAGUAUCUUUGCUAAAGCUGAUUAAUGACACGCUUUUCGUCCUGUGCUCUCCAAGCAAACUUGACGAAGACACAAGUGCCACUUCAAGACAACGUACCAAAACAUGGGUGCAAGACCAGAAACAAAACGUGGCUCCAGACACUAAUCUAACCAAUGUCACCGGUAGUAGAAAGCUCGGCGUUCGAUUUGAUGAUCAGCCUCGUCAGACGGAUCCAAUUGCGACUGAUCCUGGUUCAGAGCAGUUACCACAACAAAUCCCCAUCGGUUCCCAUCGGUACCCAGAAAUCCCCAUCGGUCCCCAUCGGUACCCAGAAAUCCCCAUCGGUACCCACUAUCCACAACAUACCCUCGAGUACACCCACUAUCCACAGCAUACCCUCGAGUACACCCAUCAUCCCCAUCAUCCACAACAGAACCCUGUUCAACCUUACCCACCGUAUACAACCGUGGAACACGACCCAGCUACAGUGGUAAACGAAUGUUUGGGGGCCGUCGCAGCAACCAACGAUAAAUUGACCGCCAGUUUAGCAAGAAUAAGUCUUCCUAAAUGUCACCCCGACAUAUUCUUCGGCGAUGCGACUAUGUUUCAUCCGUGGAAAAGCUCUUUCAAGGGUAUGAUUAGCGACUCUGAGAUAACCGCAGAACAAGAGAUGAACUAUUUGCACAUGUACACUAGGGGAGCACCACAGAAAUUGGUGAACAGUUUUCGCAAAAGACAAUAUGGCGACUCGAACAAGUUGUUGAAAGAACUCUGGGUGGAGCUAGAAAAUCGUUUUGGCAACGUAGCGAUCAUAACCAAUACACUACUGACGCGAUUGAAAGAGGCUGCAAAAUUCACUGACAGGGAUAAGAAAAGUCUGCAGGCGUUUUCAGAUCUGUGUAUCGAUGUGUCUUCCCAGAUUAAGCAACUUCCUGGACUUGCCUGUCUGAACUAUCCACACACCAUCCGACCAAUUUUAACUAGUUUGCCAACAUCUAUUCCUUCCAAAUGGGAGAAAAGAGUUGUGGAGUUUGCUGAAAAAAACGCUGACACUUAUCCUGAUUUCCAUGCUUUCGCCAACAUGAUGAAAAGCCAAUCUUGCUUACGGAAUUAUCCUAACGUCACAGCCACAGAUAUGCCUGGAAAGUGGAAAGAGAAACCGAAAUUCGAAGACCACCAUACCAUCUUGAAGGGAGAAAUCGAAACGGAAGAACAGGAAGAUGUUACUAAACAUUGCGCCUUCCAUGACAGACAAGGACAUAAUCUAUCAGAAUGCAGAGCUUUCGAACGUAAGUCUUUGCAAGAGAAGACGGACUGGUUGAGACAAGCUGGACGUUGCUUUCGAUGCCUGCAAUCAAAUCAUCUAGCUAGGGAAUGUAAAGCCAGCAUUAAGUGUAACAAAUGUGGAAGCAAGCGUCACUUGGAUAUACUUCACAUGGAGAAGUUAAAGAAGAAAGACAACACGGAAGAAGAUAUAACAUCAGCCCGUACCAACGUCAAAUGCCAACCAAUAUCUGGAGUCUCCUGUAGCAAGAUUGUGUUACUCGAAGUUUUCCAACAAGAUGAACCCGAUCGCGUUAUUAAAGUAUAUGCCUUGAUUGACGAGCAAAGCAAUUCCUCCAUGAUAUGUCCGAAGUUAGCAGAUGAGCUUAGAAUAGUUGGACCCAAGGAGAAGUACUUCUUAUCUACCUGCGGUGGAUCAAAAGAAACUAGAUAUGGCCGACGCGUGCCUGGAUUGGUGGUAAAGUCAACGAAUGGAAUUUCAAUGCCAUUGCCGACCUUGGUAGAAUGCGAGAAUAUUCCUACAGACAAACGGGAAAUACCAACACCAGAGUUAGUUAAGAAAUUCCAUCAUCUGCGAGAUAUUGCCAAAGAAAUCCCGGCGUUGGACCGGAAAGCCGAGGUUGCCUUACUCAUUGGCCGGGACGCUCCUGAACUGAUGAAAGUCAGAGAAGUUCGUAACGGACCGAUAGGAACACCUUGGGCGCACAAAUUGGUUAUUGGAUGGACUGUCUGUGGAGAACUGUGUCUAAGACGUGAAGGUGGGCCUGUCCAUGUGCGAACGCAUCGUACCGUGUGUCAAAAGUCGUCCUAUCCAGAAAUAGACAAUAUCCACGUGGAACCCAAAGUAAAACCAUUGGCCAAUUCCUCCCACGAGAUCCUGCAUCAUGAAUACAUUCCAUGCCCAAACAUGUUCGAGAUAAAAGAACCUCGCGAAAAAUUGGAGGACAACCGGGAUGACGUCUUUCGCACAACGAGUCACGAUAACGAGCAGAGUAUGUCCGUAGAAGAUCGGCGCUUCAUAGAAAUAAUGGAAACAGGUAUCCAUAAAAACAAAUUUGGAAAUUGGGAGAUGCCACUUCCCCUUCGAAAGACCAAUGUCACUUUCCCAAACAAUCGAGGUCAAGCCGCAAGUCGUAUGAAUAAUCUGUUGCUCUCGUUCAAACGCAAACCUCAAAUGGAAAAGGACUACUUUCAAUUCAUGCAGAAACUACUAAAACGGGGACACGCCAUACCAGUUCCGCUCAACAAA